CCCCGUUGAGAUCUUCUCCUUCUCUUGUGUCUGCGGCUUCUCGUGAAGAAAGUUCUCAUCUUUCUCUCAAUCCAACAUGGCCUCUUCAUCUUAAAGGAAAUACGCAUCCAAAAGAGAUGUUGGCCAGUGACGAGUGAACAAAAUCUUCUCAGGGAUAGUGUUUCUCGGCGAACCUUAUCGAGAAAGCUUGGUUCACCCUUUGACGCAAUGGAAAACCUUAUUGCCUUGACAAACCUCAACCCUAACUCCCCAUCAACGUCUUUUUCUUCACGGCUAUGGAGGCCGGCAGCACAGCGGAUCAUUCGAAACCAGUGGUCGAAGCUACUCUUCGCCAAGGACCGCUGGCUCUCCGCCAUCUCUGAAGGUCGAGCACAUGCGACAUUCCUUGUGAAUGCCUAUCUAUCCCGCAGGUACUUGCCUCACAUGGAUAUGGGGGUUCUGAAGGGGAUGAGUGGAAUCCAAGAGAAUGCUUGUGAGAAAUUGACUCGAAAGCAGGAGCUUUAUUGUGAGAAGUUGUUGUCAUCUUAUAAGGAUAUGGUUGGAGUGGUUUCUGACUUGGUCAAAGUGUCCAAAUCUAUGCGAUGCUUCAUCAAAGGAUCAGCUUGCAAUAACCUAAUACAAUUUUCUGAUGUUUCGGGAGAUAUAAGUGACCCUGGAGAUGGAGAGGGGAUACCAGUUUUUGCACACUUUUCAAUCUUAGAAUUUGAAAAUCUGGCGCAAGAGAUUGUUGAGAUGUAUGCAUCAGAGCUGAGUUUGAAGCGGCUGAUUGUGGUUGAACUGCUGUCUCUUAACGAGCAAGAAGCCAUUGGAGAACAAAUCAAUGAUCCUAGCUGGCAAACUGAGUUGUAUCUCGGAGAAUUUGACAAUUUGCAAAUGAUCGGUUUACUUUCUGGAGAGGACUUUCUGCCUCUUCUGCCAAGACUAAAAAAUUGGAAAUCCAAUGAUUAUUUUGUUGAGAGACCUUGCCAUAAAAAAACUAGUGAGGUCCUACAGGUUUACUUAACCAUAUGGCUUGCUGAAGUCAAUAUUAAUAUUAACAGGGUGGAUGAAAUAUUUUCAAUCAUUGAGGACGAGAUACAAAUAAAGCUUUCUUAGUGUCCUCGAUUUACAUGUUGCAGGGAUGCUGAACUUCAAACUUCCUUAAUUUGUGUGAAGCUACAUGCCUCCGCCGCGGCGCCGCCACCAAGGAGGGAGAGGGAGGGACUGUACGAGAGGUGACGGAGCUCGACUAUAAAUUUUGCGGCAGUGGUAGCCGGCCCCUUUAUUGUGAUCAAUUGCGAUCAACGCUACUUGCCAUCUUUAUGUUGGUUUAUUUUUUGUCGAUUUUUUUGGGUAUAUCUUUCAAUUUGGAUGCCAGUUUGGACAUUCAUCAAUAUUUAGGGUGUUUUUGAUUUGGAAGUGUUCCAUGGAAGUGAUGAAUUUUAAGUGUUGUUAGAGUAUUAUACAUAUACUGUGUACUUAUACAUAUAUUUUUGUGUAUACCUACUCAUGUGUACACCUCUCUUGUAUUUAUAAGGGGUGGUUUCUCUCUAAUGAACACACUUAUUCUUUCAUUCAUACUUCCCCAAUCAUGGUAUCAGAGCGCCUACUGAUCUCGCCAGAUCUUUGUCAGACUAUAGUCCGGUCUGUGACGUUGACGUCGACGUUUGUUUGGUCCAUCUCUGUCAGAGUUCAUCAUCUGCUAGGCCUUCCCCGUUUUCUUCCAGCGUUAUCAUUUUCAUGUCCCUUGUUCUCCGACAGGCAUUGUUCUAUCUCCGACAGUGUUGAUAAAAUCCUCACGGGUUUUGUUUGCUCUUCGACGAUCGUUGACAGCCCCAUCGUGAC